AUGGAGGCGGCUCCGGGUGCGGGACGCGGAGGCGGGCGGGGCGGGGCGGCCCAGGUGCCGGCCCCCCCCCGGGACCGCCCGCUCCAAUCAGCCCCGGCCCAGCCCAGCCGGCGGCCCGGAGCCCGGGGGCGGUGCGGGGAUGCUCCGGGGACCGGGCGGGCCUGGCUGCAGCUCCGGGGGGGACUCUUGGGCUCCCCCUCCCCGGCUUGGUGGGGCCCGGGCUGCAGGCAGGAGCUGCCGGCAAAGGGACGUGACCGACCCCCGCCCCGCGCGCAGUAGCAGAGGCGGAGUGGGGAAGCCGCAGGGGUUUGGGCCGUGAGACGGACACGCGCGGUGCCCACAGCGCUGCGGACAGGCGCCGCCGGCCCGGCACGCGGAGGGUUAGCGGCCGGGGAGCAGCUGCUUGGCCCCGGCGGGCAGCUCCGGGCUCUGGCUGCCCUGGCAGAGAAGGGCGGGCUCUCUCGGGCCCCGCGGCGUGUGCCAGCGUGUGUCCUUGGCACGCCGGCCCGCACGUCCGUGCCGCGUCCGUGCCCGGGCUGCAGCAGGGGGGCAAGGAAGCCCUCCCCUCCGCCGUGGGGUCGGCUCCCCGCUUCCCGGGCUGGGUGACCUGGGGCUCGGCGUGCUGAGCCCCGCUCCCGGCCCCCUGGCAUUGCAGGGGUGCUGGAGCCACAACGCCGCCCCGCGAUGCCCCGGGCAGGGAUGGCCGGAGGCAGCGCACGUCCCGUCCUUCCCCCCGUGGGGUGCCCACGCCCCCCGCCCAGCGCAGGGUGCGAGCGGGGGCUGGCCCCUUCCCCUCCCGUGCCCAGGGGCCCGUCUGCUCCCCCCGCCGAGUGCAAGCGUAAACAGCGGGGAUCCGGUGUCGGACACGCAUUCCAGGGGCCUCGCGUCACCGCCCGGCCCGGCCCGGCCCGGCCCCGGGCACGCCGAGCGCAGCUGGCGGCUCCCGCGGGGCUCGCAGACACCCUGGGGCAGGGGCCUCCGGCCAGAGCUCAGCGCUCCGGGAACCCCCGUGCCCUCAGGGAGCUGUCACUAGCAAAGCCGCCCCGGGAGGGCCCCUUUCACGGGUGGGGAAACUGAGGCAUGCAAGGGGGCGGGAGUCUCCGGGGGGCAGCAGAGCACUGUCUGUGCAUCCAACACCCUUGGCAGUGCCAACUUUGCCUGGCACCGAGCUGGGGCAGCUACAGAAGGGCAGCUGGGGACAUCUGAUGAUAUGCCCUCCUGCCCUCGGUGGCUGCAGGCAGCCCAUCACCCCGGCCUUGUGGCUACAAGGUGCCAUCCCUCCGCCAGCUCAGGGGGAGAUGCCAGGGGCUGCAGCCCCUAGCCUGCGCCUUGCACCAGUGCACCCGGAGGCCCGGUUUGUGCCACUGGUGAGUGGCCCAUCACUCAUCCCCUCCUUGCCCACCCGCUGGCUUCCAGCCCUGCCUUGGUGCUGCCUCCCGGUGGCUCUCCCUUGGGUCCUCCCUUCACCCCAGCCCAGGUCCGAGCCUCCCUCCCGGCCUAGAUCAGAGCCCCUGGGAUGCUGCCUCGGUGCCCUCUCCCUGCAGGAAGUCUCCAGCCCACGUGAGCAUGGCUCUGAGCCUGGCGCCCCCCGACAUCGGCCCAUGGACCCCUCUGGGGGUCGUGCACCGGCUGCGGGAAGGGCAGCUCCAGCCCUGGGGGCUGUUUGAGGGGGCACCCAUGGCUCCCUCUCCGCCACCACUUCCCUUGUGCAGCCUCGGGUGCAUCACUUAGCCAGGCCUCUGCACAGAGGCACCGAGCUGGUGCUCAGCCGCCCGUCAGCCCCGGCAUGGCGGCUGCAGGGGCCAGGAGCUCCCCCCAGGAUGGGCCGCCGCUGACGGCUGGCUCCAAAGACUCAGGCCCCCUUGGAAGGAGCCAGGCCCAGGUCUCUGCCUGGAGGACGGUAGCAGGGGGUCGGGGAAGGAGGCUGCAGCAAGAGCACCCCGGGGUGACAUCACAGCGCGGGGUGUGAUGUCACCGCUUCGCACCCAGGGGUGACAUCCCAGCGCAGGGGUGUGACGUCACCGUCCCACGGGCUGCCGAGGAGGCAAGAAGAGGUUAAAGCCGCGGAGCCGGGGAGGAGGAGUGGACACGGCUGCUCUGCCUGCCUGGGUUUCCCUUUAACAGCCCGCGGCCCCUCCUCCCCACACGCUGGAUUUUUUUGGGCGUCCAAUGGGGAGCGGCGGCGGGUGGGGACCCCCGGCAUUAUAACGGGGGGCUGCACCCACCGCCUCCAGCGCGCAGCCCGGCAGGUGCCGCCAGCACCGGGGCUGGGGCGGGCCGGCAUGGGGCGGCUGGACCCCGGGGCCAGGGCCAGGGCCAGGGCCAGGCCGGAGGGCGAGGUCCUGACCUACUUCAUCCAGGACCCCGGCACUGGGGUGCUGUAUCGCAGGGGGCAGCUGCUGGGCAAGGGGGCUUUCGGCCGCUGCUACAAGCUCACCGACAUGGCCACCAACAAGGUCUACGCCGUCAAGAUCGUGUCGCAGGCCUGCGUCUCCCGGCUGGGCAGCAGGAGCAAGGUGGAGCGGGAGAUCGCGCUGCACAGCCGCCUCAGCCACCCGCACGUCGUGGGCUUCCACCGCCACUUCGCCGACCGCGACCACAUCUACAUGGUGCUGGAGUACUGCAGCCGCCGGUCGCUGGCGCACGUGCUGAAGGCCCGCAAGGUGCUGACGGAGCCGGAGGUGCGCUACUACCUGCGGCAGGUCAUCGCGGGGCUGCGCUACCUGCACCGCCAGGGCAUCAUCCACCGGGACCUCAAGCUGAGUAACUUCUUCCUCACCAAGACCAUGCAGGUGAAGAUCGGGGACCUGGGCCUGGCCACGCGGGAGGACCCGGCCGGCCGGCGGCGGGGGGUGGUCUGCGGGACCCCCAACUACCUGGCGCCCGAGGUGAUCGAGAAGCGGGGCCACUCGGUGAAGUCCGACAUCUGGGCCUUGGGCUGCAUCAUGUACACAGCGCUGACGGGCUGCUCGCCCUUCGAGAUCACCCGCAAGCAGGAGAUGUACCAGUGCAUCCGGGAGGGCCGGUACCCUGCGCCCAGCCAGCUCUCGCCCAGCGCCCGGAGCCUCAUCACGCGCCUGCUGGCCCCCGACCCCGCCGCGCGGCCCAGCCUGGACGAGGUGCUGCGGCACGACUUCUUCACCCAGGGCUUCACGCCAGACAAGCUACCAUCCCGUGCCUGCCACUCAGUGCCACUCUUGGCCGGGCCCAACCCGCUCAGCAAGCUCCUGCAGAAGGCAGCCAAGGUGCUGUUUCGGGCGGCACCGUGCCAGGAGCCCCGGGCAGGUAGCCCAGGGCCCAGCGAGGAGCUGGCAAGCCCUGCCAUGCCAGCCCAGCCUCCGCCCAGCCCAGUGGCGGGGGCAUGGGGGGCUGCGGGUCUUGGUUCUGCUCCCCUCGGCCCAUCCCCUGGCCAGACAGAGCAGGGAAACAUCCAGGCUGAGCCCCUGAGCGAGGAGCCCGGCAGGGUCCCCAUCCGCCUGCUCGCGAAGGGAGCACUCAACUUCAGCGCCCACUCAGAUGCAGGCUGGAGCCUGGAGAGCCCAGUGGAGUCGGUCACCAGGGUGCUGCGGAGCUGCCUGGAGAACACACCUCUGGCAGCCCAGCGCAACCCCCCGCCACGCCAGGCUCGGGUCCUGCCCUGGGUCACCAAGUGGGUCGACUACUCCAACAAGUACGGCUUCGGCUACCUGCUCUCCAACAGCUCCACCGGCGUCCUGCUCGCCGACGGCACCCACCUCGCCCUCGGCCCCUGGCAGCAGUGUGUCCACUACUGCCCCAGGCUCGGGGAGGCCGUCUCCUUCGCCCGUGGGGAGGUGCCUGGCUCACUGGCCGUGAAGAUGGGCGUCCUGCACUUCUUCUCGCAGUACAUGCAGCAGAAGCUGCUGGAGGGCGGGGACCUGCCGGCGGGGCCCGGGGACGUGGUGGACGACCUGUACCUGCUGCACUUCGCCAAGUCCGACCAGGCGCUGCUCAUGCUCUUCAGCAACCAGACACUGCAGGUCAACUUCUACCGCGACCACACCAAGCUGGUGCUGCACUGCGCGGGCCCCGAGCCCGUCCUGACCUUCGUGGACGGGGAGCGCCGCAGCGCCGCCUUCCCGCUGGGGGCCCUGGCCGCGGCGGGCUGCACGCCGGCACUGCGGGACCGCAUGGAGUAUGCCCUUGCCCUGCUCCAGCGCCUCUAGGCCCCUCCACAGCUCCAGAGCCUGCAUUGCCCUAGGACACCCCGCACCUCUGCUGCUGAUGGGGUUCAAGGUCCCUUAAGCCUGCCCCAGACUCCAGCAGCAGCUGCCAGGGGAGUAGGAGUCGUGGGGGAAGGGGAGACGGGUGCCCGGGGCUGGGGCACCUCCUGAUGGGAACUGGUUUCCAAUGAAGUGGUGCCAUGGGGGGGAAGGGGGCCUGUGCUGGGGGGCACAGGGGUCUACCAGGGCAGGAGCUGGCCCAUAGCAUGUGCCCAGAGCGUGCCGGGAGGCACUGAGAGCAAAGGGGAUGUGAUGGAGGAUGCAGGGGGAGGCAGCAGCUUUCUGGUGGCUUGAUGCCACGGUGAGGGCGAAGGAACGCAGGUGUCCGAGUGCGGGGAGAGGAGCAGGAGAGCGAGGAGGGUCCUGGAGAGGGGAUCUGGAGCAGUCAGCAGGGCAGGGCAGGGCAGGGCAUCCCGUGAUGGUGCUGGGAGGAGGUGGCAGGGGCUGUUCAGGUGGAAAGAAGGUAAGAAACGGGGCAAGUGGCAAGAGCCACGGGACAGUAUGGGCCUGGAGGAGAGGCCGGAUGUGGGGCAGGAGCAAGGGGCAGCACCGGUGGCAGGGUCUGGUCCCCAGACGGGUGGGAGGGCCCUCGUUCCACCCCAAACUCCCUGCUCCCUGGGGCAGCUGCUGCGUGGCUCUCCCUGCUUACCUGUUCCUGGCGUAUCUCUGGGCAUCUGCAUCCGGAGCUGGCAGGACGCUGCCGCACGUUUCACCGGGGCUUUGUGCACGAGGAGGCCGGGUGCGUGCAUGCUGGAGCCGUCCGACGGGCUGAGUCCGGGAUCCGCAGGCUUCUUAAUUAAACUCAUGUGUCUGCCAUUGCA